AUGUUUCGCUUGACGAGAUGCGGUCAGAGACGAAGUUUAUUUGGAUCGGUGCCUUGCAGCAGCCAACAAGAUCAUUAUAAAGUGUUAGGACUGGCUCAAUCAGCGUCACAAAAGGAUAUUAAAUCAGCAUAUUAUAAAUUGUCGAAGCAACACCAUCCAGAUACGAACCCGACUGAUAAAGAGGAGGCCGCCAAAAAAUUUCAUCAGGUUGCAAUGGCAUAUGAAAUAUUGGGAUCAGAAGAUAAACGCAAAGCUUAUGACAUGACACGGAUAAAAUCAUCUCCAAUGCCUGGUGAUUCAUCUUCUUUUAGUAAUCGAUACCGUCGACGUACAGCUUCAAACUCAAAACAAUAUACUGACAUUGACAUUGAUUACAAGGAUUUCGAACAUUUCCAACGAAGUACGCGGCGGAGACCCCAAUACCAUUCGCAUUUUGAUAUGCCUAAUGAGUUUUAUGCCGAGUUUGGUGGAUUCAAGAAACGGGUUUUCAAAAGUGAAUAUGAGGAAGCUCAAGAAAAGCACGGUACUAUGUACAAGGACGGUAGAGCUGCACAGAGAGAAAUGGAAGAGCUCCGGCGACAAGUUGAGAGAGAGCAAGCUGCCCAACAAUCUCGGUAUCCGAUUCCAACUUUUGAGCAAAUGAUGAGAGAAAAACGAGCGAAAGAAGCAAAUGAAGCUAGACAAUACAUGGUUGGAAUGUUUGUGACUGCUGUUGUAGCCGGGUUUUUAACUGUACUUUUAAGUCGGUAA